AUGGCGGACACGAAGGCUGUCACGAUUCGAACAAGGAAGUUUAUGACCAAUCGUCUCCUCUCCAGGAAGCAAUUCGUCAUCGACGUGCUUCACCCUGGGCGCGCCAAUGUAUCCAAGGCGGAGUUAAAGGAGAAGCUUGCGAAGCUGUACGAAGUGAGGGAUCUCGACACCAUCUUUGUGUUCAAGUUCCGGACGCACUUUGGAGGAGGAAAGUCGACGGGCUUCGGUUUGAUCUAUGACACCGUGGAGAACGCCAAGAAGUAUGAACCUAAGUAUCGGCUAAUUAGGAAUGGGCUUGCAACAAAGGUAGAAAAAUCGAGGAAGCAGAUGAAGGAAAGGAAGAACAGGGCAAAGAAAGUUCGCGGUGUGAAGAAGACCAAAGCUGGAGAUGCAGCCAAGGCUGGGAAGAAGAAGUGA